AUGAGAAAAAACAAUCGUUAAAGAAUUGACAAUGAUUCAUCUAUUAGAACAAGAACUAGGUAGAAAUCUAUAAAUCAGAAUGAGGAGAAAAAAAGAAAAUAAAUAGAUGAAGAGUUUGAGAAACAAAAAUAUCAAGCAAAAUUAUAAGUUCAAAAUUUACUUUUGGAUGAAAAUAGUUGCAGCAAAGCUGAUCUAAAAAAAGAGAUCGUUAAAGGAAGAGUAGCAGUUGAUGAAUGUUUUAUUUACAAGGCUGACUACCAUGUUUACUAGAUCAAUAAUAAAAUUUAUGAUUCUCUAUUGAACCAAACCAAUAUUGUCUAGGGCAAUAACAAUAACAAAUUUUACAUAGCAUAAAUCCUAGAAAGUGAUAAUUAGCCUUUUAAGUACUAUUUUUUCACAAGAUGGGGAAGGGUAGGUUAAAAAGGGUAACAUGCAGCAAAAUAAUUAUCUCUCUAGUCCUGUAUUGAUGAAUAUGAAAAUAAAAUUUAUGAAAAAACUAUUACAGGCGAUUAUAAAAUUUUAGAGAAAUUUCUCAUUAAUUAAAAUUCUGAGCUAUCUAAUGACUUGGCACAUUAUGAAAAAUCAAAGUUAUAAAAAGAAAUUAAAGAUUUACUUUAACUUAUAUACGAUGUUAAAAUGAUGGAUAAACAAAUGAUGGAGAUUGGUUAUGAUUCCUCAAGAAUGCCAUUGGGAAAGUUAGGUAAUGAAACCAUAAAAAAAGGAUAUAGUAUAUUAAAAAAGAUUGCAGAAGCAAUAAAUGAAACCAAAUUAACGAAACAAAAAAAAAAGUGUUUAUUAGAGGGUUUGUCAUCUGAAUUUUAUUCUUAUAUUCCUCAUAACAAUGGCUACUCAAAAUUAAAAUCCUUAGACACUAAUUAAGACAUAAAAGAAAAAUUAGAAAUGUUGGCAUCUUUAGAGGCAAUAGAAAUAGCAACAAGUUUGAUCUUAAAUGAAAGUGGAAAUCUUUUUGACAAUUACUACUUAAAGUUAAAUUCAGCAAUUAAUUUGAUUGUUUCAGAUUCUGAAGAAUAUGAGUUAAUUCAAAAGUAUGUUGAUAAUACUCAUGGAAGUACUCAUUCUACUUACAAUCUCAAAAUUUUAGAAAUAUUUAAGAUUAAGAGGAAAGGAGAAAAGGAUAAAUUUAAGAAUGUGGGCAAUAGGAUGUUAUUAUGGCAUGGUUCAAGAUUAACAAAUUUUGUAGGCAUUAUAAGUCAAGGUUUAAGAAUUGCCCCUCUUGAAGCACCAUGUACUGGAUAUAUGUUUGGAAAAGGUGUUUACUUUGCAGAUUCUGUUUCUAAAUCAGCAAAUUAUUGUUGUACAUCUCCUUCAAAUCCUGUUGGAUUAAUUUUAUUAUGUGAUGUUGCUCUAGGAAAGUGGUAGGAAAGAACUUAAGCUGAUUACGAAGCAAGCAAUUUAGAACCUAACUGUUAUAGUACAAAAGGAAUUGGAAAAAUGGCACCGGAGUUAACUGUUUCAUUUUAAGAUUUGAAAGUUCCAAUAGGAAAACUAGAGGAUCAGCAAAUCAAGAGCGAUUUGAUGUAUAAUGAAUACAUAGUUUAUAAUGUGGACUAAGUUAGGAUAAAAUAUUUGGUUAAAUUGGAAUUUUUAUAUAAAUAAAAAAUGAAAUGA